UUAUCGUGGCGAGUAGCGAAAAUGUCCCUUAUUGUUAAUAUGAUGAAGUGCGUUUUACAGCAAUGUGACCGAAAUGCACAGAUUGCUUUCAUUUUCUGUAGUUUGACGACGUUCCCUUAAUCCUUCAUUGAAUCGCUUGUGUCGGACGAUCCCCGCGCCUGCGCGCCUGCGUCUGCCGCACUCACCGCCGCCAGAGCCCGACUGAAAUCACAGACACGGGGCCUUCCUCGCCAGCAUCCCUCCAUCCAGCUCUCAUUCCCAGGGGAGGGGGGAGUAGCCGAGAAUCUGUCUGGAACAACGAAGAAGUUGCCGGACAUCCACCGCGUGUAAUUCGGGGGUCUCGGCUCUUCAGCUGAACUGAGAGCAUCAAACUUGCAGCAAUGGAAAGAAAGCGUCCAGGGAUGACCUCAGGGGCACGGAUGCCCCAUCAAGGCGCUCCCAUGGGGCCUCCUGGACCUCCAUAUGGUGGAACACCACCAAUUCGACCAGGGAUGCCUAACCCAGCCCUAGACCCCAACCGAAAACGUCCUGCCCCAACCCAGCCAGUGCAACCUCCCCCCGUCCAGAACCGUCCCAGAAAGAAACCACUUGGAUUUCCAGCAACAAAUGAGAUAUCUGCAAGACAGAUGGACAUGAGAGACGCUCAAUCAGAUCCUUCAGUUGGAUCCUUCAAUGCCAAGAGAAGAAAAAUGGCAGACAAGAUUCUCCCUCAGAGGAUCCGUGAACUGGUGCCAGAGUCCCAGGCGUACAUGGACCUCCUGGCUUUUGAGCGCAAACUUGACCAAACCAUUAUGAGGAAGAGGGUAGAUAUACAAGAAGCCCUCAAAAGACCAAUGAAGCAAAAGCGGAAACUACGAUUGUACAUUUCAAACACUUUCAACCCUGCCAAACCUGACGCAGAGGACUCUGAGGGCAGCAUUGCAUCCUGGGAGCUGCGUGUAGAGGGCAAAUUGUUGGAUGAUCCUGGAAAACAAAAGAGGAAGUUUUCGUCUUUCUUUAAGAGCCUUGUUAUUGAGCUGGAUAAGGAUCUGUAUGGCCCUGACAACCACUUAGUGGAGUGGCACCGCACUCCGACGACCCAGGAGACCGAUGGCUUCCAGGUGAAGAGGCCUGGCGAUGUGAAUGUGCGCUGUACCCUCUUACUCAUGCUGGAUUACCAGCCUCCUCAGUUUAAGUUGGAUCCUCGUCUUGCACGUCUCCUUGGCAUCCACACUCAGACCCGCUCCUGCAUCAUCCAGGCUUUAUGGCAGUACGUCAAGACCAACAAGCUGCAGGAUUCUCAUGAAAAGGAGUACAUCAACUGUGAUAAAUAUUUCCAGCAGAUCUUUGACUGUCCUCGUCUGAAGUUUUGUGAGAUCCCCCAACGACUAACUAACCUACUGCUGCCGCCUGAUCCUAUUGUGAUCAAUCAUAUUAUCAGCGUGGAUGCAAAUGACCAGAAGAAGACAGCAUGCUAUGACAUUGAUGUUGAAGUUGAUGAUCCUCUUAAGAGUCAGAUGAAUGGAUUCCUGCUGUCCACAGCCAAUCAGCAUGAGAUUGCAUCCCUGGACAACAAGAUCCAUGAAACUAUCGAGUCGAUCAACCAACUGAAGAUCCAAAGAGAUUUUAUGCUUAGCUUCUCCAGGGACCCCAAGGGCUACAUCCAGGACUGGAUCUGUUCCCAGAACCGGGACCUUAAGCUGAUGACAGAUACAGUAGGAAAUCCAGAGGAAGAGAGAAGAGCAGAGUUUUAUAACCAGCCCUGGUCUCAGGAAGCUGUCAGCCGCUAUUUCUAUUGCAAGAUUCAACAACGAAGACAGGAGCUUGAACAAGCUUUGGCAAUUCGAAACACCUAAAAUAUCUCCGUUUCAAGAAUAAGUUGACAACUAGUUUGCGUCACCUGUGGCUUGGUCACUUUUAUUCUGGUGAUAUCCACACUGGGCAGUUUUCCGUGGACAUGAAAGUAUUAGACCCCUUCUCAGAAUGAGGUUUGGACGGAUUUUUUAACCAAUGAGGGACAAUAAAAGUGUAAUUGUACUUUUAUUUAAUGUAUGUUUACUGUACAGUUGAAUGUAUAUAACCUCACAGUACAAUGAAUUCAAGAAAGUGGCUUGGAAAUGCCACUUUCACACUGAUAACACACAAAUCAGUUUUUUGAUGCACAUGAAGUGCAGAUACACUGUGUGUCUUCUCACUUGGAAAGGUAGAAAAUACAAUGAAUAAAACUUUGUUGCCUGGGAAUUUUUUUUAACCAUUAAUGACAUGCUAAAUGUGAGUAUGUAAGUAUAGAUAUUGAAUCUGUCAUGUUUUCCCUACAUGUUCUUUCAACACAUUCUGCUUUCAGCUUUCUCCUUUGUUUUUCUGUCUUUAAAUUUGCACUGUGUAAAAGAUAUCAUGAAGAAAUCCACUGGAUGAAAAUC